CCCAGCAUGGCGCCAACGCUUCCCCACAUCCGCCCCUUCCUCCCAUGAGCCUCAGCGGCGCGUCCCUUCCCGGCGUGCCCCGCGGCGGCGCAGAGCAGCAGCGGCAAGAUGGCGCAGCCGCCGGUUCCCCUCAAGGACAUGAAGCUGAUGGACGUGAAGCUGGGCCAGCUGCCCACAUGGCUGGCCAUGAGGGACUACACCCCCGGCGGCAUCGUGGGGGCCGUGCGGAGAGGUUAUGACAGAUACUACAAUAAAUACAUCAACGUCAGGAAGGGCGGCCUCGGCGGCAUCUCCAUGUUACUCGCUAGUUACGUUGUCAUCAGCUACAUCUGGAGCUACAGCCACAUCAAGCACGACCGCCACAGGAGGUACCACUGAAGAGUGAAGGUGCAGCUCUUGAGCAGACCCGGCUAAUGGAACAGUUGUCCUGAUAGAUGAUGUCAGAACUAUUCACGUUAAAACCUGUACUAUUAUGACCAAUAAUAAAGUGUGCACACUUUACACUUA